AUGUACGACGACGACGGUCCGCCACUUUCGCGCCGCGACGCCAAGAACCUGUCGUACCAGGCCAGUGUCCCAUCCUUUUUGCAGGGCUUGCAUUCCCAAGUCCACGGCACGCAACGGGAUGCGUUGCGCGAGAAAAAGCGUGCUUCUCUUGACAAUGACCUUUUAGAGAGCGCCGAUACAUUUAGCGGCGGCGCUCAGAAGCGCACCCGCGACGAAGAUGCACAUAGCAGCGACGAAGAUAUGGCGCAUGCACAGAUCGUCGUGCUCAAAGAGGGCAAGCACCUCUCGCGCGAAGAGUACCUUGCGCAGACUACAUCUACCCCUACCGAAAUGUCGUCCUCGAACGCACCGGCGCACGACACGAGUGGCUCCAAAGACCUGGUUGCUACGGGCAAAAGGGACCAACGUCUUAAAAAGCCCCGCAGACCAAAACAGGGCGCACUCAGUUUCGACGUAGACGACGCAUAG